GUCAUUUCUAAUUAAAUCACAGCUUUUAGUUAUCAUUUAAAUAAUAAGUUAAGCCUACAGGUUUGUUCCUUGGCUUUCGUUGCUUCAUGUUUCGGUGAAUAGGUGUUUAUGUGACAGUCUCUGGGUAAACCUUACCAGGAAGUCACCUUUGGACACGACAUGUUUUGGGAAAAGUCCCUUCAUGAAUAUUUCUAGGACCGCAUGUGGACAUACAACUUGUGGACCGGAAUCCUGAAUGGAUUAAAAGAAUGACGAUGAACAUGUUGGUUGUCACGUGCCAUUAGAUUAGAGAAGAAGAAGAAGCAGAAGGAGGAGAUGGCACUCAGAGCAUUACUACUUUUCUUCUGUACGUUGGGAGUCUUUCAGAAAGGUCUGACAGAUCUGAUACGAACACAGCAGACUGUGAUCGCAGCUGUAGGAGAUGAAGUCCUCUUAAACUGUCAGCUGCUGCAACAUGAAGAUGUUGUUAAGGUCAUAUGGUGGAAGAUUUUAAUCAAGGGGAUGAAGAAUCUUAUUUCUUACCACAAAAAAUAUGGUCUAAGAGUGAAUCCUGCCUUUAAAGAUAAAAUAGGGUUUACAGAUGUUGGACUGCAGAACAGCUCCAUCUUCAUCAGAAACGUCACGGAGGAAGAUGAAGGCUGUUAUCUCUGUUUGUUCAACAUUCAUCCUGGUGAUGAUCUAAAUGCUACAACCUGCCUCCAAGUCUACGAGCUGCAUGAACCCGUUCUCCAUGUGGGAGCAUCAGGCUCUGAGGAGACAGUGGUGUCCUGCUCGGCCACAGGUCGACCUGCUCCCACAGUCACAUUAACUUUCCCGAGAGAUGACGUCUACUUUUCUGAAACCAGCUCUGUUCAUGUACCCAACACCAACGGUACAGUCACCGUCACCUCUACAGCUGUGCUGACUCGUCUCCAUGACAUGGACACAGAGGUUAGAUGUGCAGUGCGAGUGCUCUCUGCUGCUCAGAAAGAGGAGGUCAGGAUCAUUCCUGCUGAAGUCAAACAGUCUGCUGAAGGUUCCUCCUCGAUUACUAUUAUCAUCAUAGUAUUCUCUGUAGUGGCCGUUGGUUGUGUUGCAGUAAUCAUCACAGUCCUGCUGAUACGAAAACCCUGGAACAGUUUGUCCCUCAGAGACCCAGAGGGGAGGAAGACCCCAAAAAAACCAAACAAAAACACUGAAGAAAGGAACCAAACACCUUUAAUGCAGAGAGUGAACGAGCUGAUAAGAAGGAUGACUCCUGGAAAAAAGAAAGAAAGCGACUCUCCAAAAGUCUCGUCCUCACCAACAGGAACGAACACACAACCGUCUGAGAUGAAAACACCUUCAGCGCAGCACGAGAUCGAGCAGGCAAGACUACGGAUGUCUACUGGAAGAAAGGAAGAAAAGGCCUCCUCAAAAGUCUCGACCUCAAAAAAAGGAAUUAAUCGACAACUGUUUUAACAAUAGUCAAUGAUUCAGUGACAGAAUAACUCACAAGACGUUAGUGUCAGAAUGAAGACAGAUGUGGUGAAAGAACUGACCCUGAUGGUUCUGUUGGUGUCUGUUCCAGCUCAUGAAGAACAAGACUGUACUUUUAAAUUGUUUACAUGUUAUGUAUUUUUAUAUAUCUACAUUAAAUGUAAAUCCUGUUUUCAUGUCAUUUGUUUCCAUCCUGAUGUUUGGUUUGUUAAUGCACUUCUUUCUUUGUGACUUAGUAUUUGUAACAUGUAAUAACUUCACUGCUGCAUCCGGAUGAAGCAUUUGCAUCCUGUGCUUUAAUGUAUCUGUUGAAUAUUCUUUUUAUUUACGAAUGAAAUGUGUAAAAUUUGCUGCUGCUUCUUUUCAUAUCUUUGAAUAUAAGGAUACAAAUAAAUUCUAACGAAUGAUGCAAGAUCGGAAAUUACACGACUGUCGAUACUGAAUGUGAAUAAUGAUGAAACAGUAUUAAUAACGUGUGAAUGAGUCAUAGCAAAAAUCAAUGUUUGUUUGUAUGUCUGGAAAAAGCUUCAUGUUUUCUGUGUGGAAGGUAGCUACAUGUGGUAUUUGUAUUCUUACAUGUGUUUUAAUAAAAUGUCUGUUUGAAGAAUCUUCA